AUGAGUGAUCCAGAACCCUGCAGAAUUAAACAGGAAGAGACUGAAGAACUAAUAGAAGUGAUGGUGAAGGAGGAGAGUGAAGAACCGAGUGAAGAUGAGGAGAAACAUCAUGUCAAGAGUGAAGAAGAAACUCACGCAGAGGACGAACACAAUUUUCUAAAGAAAAGGAAAGGUUUCACCUGCACUCAGUGUGGAAAGAGUUUUAACCAGAAAUACGACCUCAACGUUCACAUGAGAAUCCACACUGGAGAGAAACCUUACAAGUGUUCCCACUGCGACAAGAGAUUCCAUUGUUCAGCCCACCUGAAGAGGCAUGAGAAGACCCACACUGGAGAGAAACCACACAAGUGUGAUCAGUGCGACAAACUCUUUUCAAGGUCUUCAACUUUGAAGAGACAUCUUAGAGUUCAUACAAAGGAGAAGCCUUAUUCGUGCGCUGAGUGUGGAAAGAGUUUUUCUCAGCGGUCAAUUUUGAAUGAGCAUCAGAAGUUCCACACUGGUGUGAGAGAGCAUGUGUGCAUCGACUGUGGGAAGAGUUUUAUUAAAACUGGAGACUUGAAACGACACCAGAUAGUCCACACUGAAGAGAGACCCUUCACAUGUACUGUGUGUGGGAUGAGUUUUAAACAAUCGGUAACUCUUAAUAAACACAUGCUGAUCCACAUUGUAGAGAAGCCUUACAAGUGUUCACACUGCGACAAGAGAUUCAGCCAGUUAAGACACAUGAAAGCACAUGAGAUGAUCCACACUAGAGAGAAAACACACGACUGUGAUCAGUGCGGUAAAACAUUUUUGAAGGCUUCAGAUCUGAAGGAGCAUCUUCGAGUUCAUACAAUCGUGAAGCCUCAUUCCUGUUCUGAGUGUGGAAAGAAUUUUAGUCGUCUGUCAAAUUUAAAAGACCAUCAGAUAAGGAUUCACACGGGAAAGAAGAUAUACACACAGAGUCCUUGUGGAAAGAGUUGUAAGCAACCAUCAAACCUUAAUCAACACAUGAUGAUACACCUUGUAGAGAAGCCUUACAAGUGUUCACACUGCGACAAGAGAUUCAGCCAGUUAAGACUCAUGACAACACAUGAGAUGAUCCACACUGGAGAGAGAACACACAAGUGUGAUCAGUGCGGCAAAACAUUUUUGAGGGCUUCAGAGCUGAAGGAGCAUCUUAGAGUUUACACAAACGAGAGGCCUUAUCCGUGCUCUGAGUGUGGGAAGAGUUUUAAACGUUUACGAGAGUUAAAUGCACAUGAGCAGAUCCACACUGGUCUGAAGGAGUUUGUGUGCCUUGAGUGCGAGAAGAGUUUCAUUACAGCUAGCGGCUUGAAACGACACCAGAGGAUCCACACUGGAGAGAAACCCUUCAAGUGUUCACACUGCGACAAGACAUUCAGUCAAUCAGGAAAUCUGAGAGUACAUGAGAGUGUUCACACUGGAGAGAAACCGUACACGUGUACUCAAUGUGGGAUGAGUUUCAGAGCUUCGUCUUCCCUUAACGUACACAUGCUGCGCCACACUGGAGAGAAACCGCAUAAAUGUGACCAAUGCGACAAAACAUUUUUCAGGGCUAUAGAGCUGAGGAAACAUUUUCUAGCUCAUACACAGGAGGAGAAUGGGGUUCGUAUGUUGCUAGUUGACCAUCAACCGGAUUCUCAGAGGAUGACAAGCUGACAAAACAUUGCUGCAGCUCUGAUACAAGAUUUAUUUUUGGAGAAAACCUAAAAGAACUGCAGUGUUUGGGUGUUCUGUGUCAGUCUAGAGGUAAUUAGUCUUACCGAAAUGUGUAUAUACCUUAUAAAGCAGGGGUCACCAAUCUCACUCCUGGAGGUCUGGUGCCCUGCAGGUUUUAGCUCCAACUUGCCUCAACACACCUGCCUAGGUGUUUCAAGUAUACCUAGUAAGACUUUGAUUAGCUCGUUCAGGUGUGUUUGAUUAGGAUUGGAGCUAAAACCUGCAGGACACCGGACAUGCAGGAUCAAGUUUGGUCACCCCUGUUAUUAGUGGUGGGCAAAGCGAGGCUUCGUGAAACACUGAAACAGUCGAAGCAAAUGUGUCGAAGCUUCGAAACGUUUCGAAACCUCACUCUACAGUGACAUGUAGUGGUCAUUUUUUAUGUAUUGCACUGAAACAGCUUCAGCAAAGAACGAUUGAACAAAUUGAGGCAUUAAACCUAACUUUGUACAUAAAAUCCUCAAGUAACAUAGUACAGUGGAUAAGGUAUUAGACUUCCAUGCAGGGUUAGUCGGUUUCGAAGCCAGUCUGUCGCAGUUGUUUUAAAAUGCCUUAAUACCAGUUGGUAAUGCUUUGCUCUUGUAUCGUUUUGUUUCAACAUUAGUCUGAUAUCCGAAUAAACAAUUUGUGAAUAAA